AUGGAAGAGAAGCUACCAGUAUUCGUGGCCGACAUGAAAGAACCCUGUCUGCUGGGGCUGGAUUUCCUGGUUCAAAGUGAAGCAUGUGUGGACCUCGGAAGGAUGCAGAUGCAGGUACGAGGACAAUGGGUACCGCUGAUCCUUGAAGAUGCUGUUGAACAGGUGGAGAGCCCCGUGACGAGUUCAGAUGUCGAGGACGAGAGGCUGGAGCUGCACUGCCGAGUCGUGAGGGAAAGUGAGACUGCAGACGCCACUGUGAUAGCCCGUGAACGCCUGACAUCGGUGCGCAGCUGCGGAGGUGAGAUAGACGGAGAUGCGGGUGAGACGAUCCCCGUACUAUCUACACACGUGGUGGAUUUGGCGGUACAUAGCGCUACCACGCUGAUUCCUGAACAGGUGGUGAAGCUGGGGAAACUGCUGAUGGAGCACGAGGACAUUUUCAGCCGAGAUGCUCAAGACCUUGGCUGCACGUCUUUAGUACAGCACUCCAUCAACAUGGCAGACAGUUCGCCGAUAAUGCAGCCACAUCACCGUGUCCUGCUGGCCAAGAGAGAAGAGAUACAGCGCAUGGUGGGGGAGAUGGCUGCGCAGGGGUUAGUGGAGUGCUCUGACAGCCCAUGGUCGUCGCCAGUAGUCCUGGUAAAUAAAAAGGAUGGCACCAAACGCUUCUGUGGAAGAGAGUGGGUGAUAGGACAAGACCUUGAGGAAUACCACUGUUAA